GGGGUACAUGUGGGGAUAUGUAAAGCCUAUUUUCUGCAUGUCUCAUGUAGACCAGCACAGAUGUCAAUCAGCCACUACGAUCACUGGAAGGGACUGGGGAAACCACGAGGCCAAGAGGAUCACACUCACAGAAGAGGGGUUUUUAAAUCGAAGAAACCGUGAGGGAGGACAGAGCCGCGGACUGAAGUACAUACAUAGAUCGCCGGGCGGACGCUACAAACCACUUAGGUUAUUAUACUGGCCAUCCGUCGAUUAGGGAAGUCGGAAGUAAGUAAAAGAAGGAAUGGUCCGAGCAAGGACGACGACGGGAGGCGAUUUCAAAGAUUCGAGCAGGAAGCGCAAGCCGACAGAUGGAGAAGACAGCAUAGAAGAUCUGGAUGUGGACCCGCAGGAGGAGCAGAGGGACAUCAAGGAUGACGGAGACGAACAGACACUGACGACUGGAAUCGACGAGACGUCUCUCAAAGCAGCCGUUUGGUAUACCGUUGCUCAGAUCGCACAGGAAGAAGAAAUCGAACUCGGGCGGUCGAUGAGUGAGCCUUUUGUGGCCUCCUUAACUGAACUGGUAUAUGCCCAAGCAGAAAAUUUGGCGUUAGAGUUGAAGGCGUUUGCAGCCCAUGCAGGUCGCAGUACGAUCCGAGAAGAAGACGUGAAGUUAGUCUGUAGGAAGUCGAGUGUCCUGAAAGAGAUGCUUGAGGAAGAAGCUCGUCGGUUCAUGACCGCGGCAGGAUCCGGAUCGACCGGCAAGACGAUGGCGUCAGGAGCCACGACCAAGAAUGCGGCCACCAGCAAGGCGGUCAAGAAGCCCAAGCCGAAGCCGACACGUAUCGGCGGUCUGGCCGGGCCCAGCUCAUCGCGGAAUCCGAUCGGUUGACCAACGCGUCAAGCUUGAGACCCGGUGGGAGCCCUACUGGAUAUAUAGAUACCCAUCUCCUUCGUUCACGAUUCAUCGAAGCUCAAUUGGCCUACUUGUUCUUCCUCCUGCCUCCCGGGGUAUGUAUCUUCAGAUACACAUAGAUGUUUCCUCAAUCAAGCAGCCAUUGCGAUGCUCUUGAGAUUGGGGAUGAGGCUUGACAGCAACUAAGGAUUCACUCAUAUGAAUCCUGAAUGUACAAGAAGGGAGCAAGCUUUCUAGUAGACCUAACGCUUUCCACUCUUUUUUCCUGUUUUUUUUUGUUUUUGUUUUUGGCAUAUUAAAUCUG